AUGGCCUUUGGCGAGUAUGAGCAAGCGCUCGAGUACAACGGCAAGGCGUUGAAGAUAUUUUUGGCGACGGUGGGCGAGGCGCACCCGGACACGGCCAUCACCUACAACAACAUGGCCGCUGUCUACAGGAACCAGGGCCGGUACGACAAGGCGCUUGAGUACUAUAGCAAGGCGUCGAGUAUCACGUUGGCGACGGUGGGCGAUUCGCACCCCGACACGGCCACCACCUACAACAACAUGGCCCUUGUCUACAGCAGCCAGGGCCAGUACGAACAGGCGCUCGAGUACUACGGCAAGGCAUUGAAGAUCCGAUUGUCGACGGUGGGCGAGGCGCACCCCGACACGGCCACCACUACCUACAACAACAUGGCCAAUGUCUACUACAAGCAGGGCCGGUACGAGCAGGCGCUCGAGUACUACGGCAAGGCAUUGAAGAUCCGAUUGGCGACGGUGGGCGAGGCGCACCUGUCCACUGCUACCACCUACAAGAACAUGGCCCAUGUCUACGACCGCCAUGGUCAGUCCGACAAGGCGCUCGAGUACCACGGCAAGCUGUUGAAGAUCCAACUGGCGACGGUGGGCGAGGCGCACCCAAACACGGCCAAAACGUUCACGGGCAUGGCUAAUGUCUACAUGAACCAGGGCCAGUACGACAAAGCACUCGAAUACUAA